AUGGAUGAUGCUGUGGAUACCUUCAUGGCGUUUACGGGGGCGACCGCUGAUGUGGCAAGGAGGUACUUGCAGAUGACGGAGAACGAUAGCCAGCAGGCAAUACAGCUCUACUUCGACUCUCCAGAUCUGGCAAGUGGUUUAGAUCAAGUUCAAGGCGCUCAAGCGUCCACGCCGCCAAUACCGACAUCUACACGGCCUCAGCCGCGAGCGGCGACGAUCGGGCGCGAGGACGCUGCUGGUGUUGUCCAUUUAGAUGACGAUGACGAAGAUAUACCUAUGCAAGAUGAAGGCGGCAAUGAAGAUCGACAAGCGGCCUCUGCUACGGCGAUAGGCCGAGCUGCAGACUACGAAGAUGAUGAGGCUAUGGCUCGGAGAAUGCAAGAAGAAUUAUAUGCUGGUGGCGAUGCUUCUGGAGGGUUUGAUGCCGAUGGUGUGCGGGCCCCGAUUGAGCGUAGGACAGAGACACUCGUCGGAGGUCCGGAAGAGGAUUGGGGCCGGGAUAAUAUGAUGGACGCAGUCCAGCAGCAGUUGAGGUUUCGACGACAACCGCCUGGAGUGGCGCCCGGUGUGUUUAAUCAACGACCAGUUCAGUCGAUCUGGGAUGAAUCCUCUGAUGCCGGAGCUCGCCGUCGCGGGUUAGCUGAAGCUACUGGUGGAGCAUCUGAAGCAUCAUCGAAAGCCGCUCGUCUCGCCGAAUUAUUUCGCCCGCCAUUCGAAAUCAUGAAUCAAAUACCCUGGGACGAUGCUCGUGACAAAGGCAAGGAAGAUUUGAAAUGGAUAUUAGUCAACGUCCAAGAUCCGUCUAUCUUCGACUGCCAACAACUCAAUCGCGAUAUCUGGAAGCACGAGGGUAUCAAGGAAGUCGUCAAGGAGAACUUCAUUUUUAUGCAGUACUCUAAGGAUGACCCCAGAGGAAACCAAUACAUCAACUACUACUUCCCUUUGAAAGAUAGCCAGGCUGCCUACCCACACAUCGCCAUCGUUGAUCCCAGGACUGGUGAACAGGUCAAAGUAUGGUCGGGACCACCAGUUCCUAUUCCUGGAGAGUUCCUUAUGCAGCUUGUUGAAUUCCUGGACCGUUACAGUCUCGAUCUUACAAAGAAGAACCCUGUAGCGAGACGAAAGCCCGAGAAAGCAAAGUCCGUUGACGUUGAUCGACUGACUGAAGAGGAGAUGCUUGAUCUAGCGCUGCAGAACAGUCUCGCAAAUGGUACUACUAGCGGCCCCAAGGAACACGAUCCAGAUGAUCUCACCAAAAGCUUUGGAGAUGUGGGCAAGGGCAAAGGAAAAGAGGUUGACCGCGGAACUGCGGAUACAGAUAUGGAGCCCACAAAUGGACACGCCACUGAACCCGAGGAUAUAGCAGCUACGGCAUACUCUCAAGUAUCAGCCAAUAACCCACAUACGGAGCCGGAUCUAGGUCCAACCGUCACUCGAAUUCAAUUCAGACAUUCUAAUGGACGAGUUGUACGGAGAUUCCAAGCUGAUGAUCUAGUUCUACGCAUCUAUGAAUGGCUCAAGGCGGAUCCUUUGGACGGAAAAGCCGGCAUUCCAUUCGAUCUGAAAGGCAUGGGUAAGGACUUGAGCGAGCAUAUGGAGGACACCAUUGAACAAGCGGGGCUUAAGAACGGGACCGUCAUGGUAGAAUAUCUCGAGGAUUAG